AAGGAGUGUUAUUUGGCGAGAGCUGGGCAUACAGGUUUUUCUGUUGUAGCAUCUAUAGAACAUUAUUCUUCUGGAGAUUAAAUUUGCCUCAAGGUGUUAGGCCUGAUUUUGCUACCGAGCUUUGACCCCAAGCUUGUGACUGAGCCUAUACCACGGUUAUGUUAACUGAUGAGGGAAACUGAAAAUGUGGCUGGUUCUGAUUUUACUUUAUUGGCCUGUAUUAGUUGAAGGAAAAAAUGUGAACAGAAAUGUUAAUCCCGAAGCCAGACUGAAUUCAAAGCAGCUCAUCCUGUACUGGAAAUAUCCUCUUGAGGAACAUUAUGUGGUUACAGAAGAUGGCUAUAUUCUCAACUUAUUCAGAAUUCCACAUGGCAGAGAAAACAACACAACCACAGGUCCAAAGCGAGUAGUGUUCCUACAGCAUGGCUUGCUGGUGGAUGCUGCCCAAUGGUACCAAAAUUUUCCUCAUAAUAGUCUGGCUUUCAUGUUAGCAGACGCUGGAUAUGAUGUCUGGCUAGGAAAUAGCCGAGGGAACACCUGGUCCAAGAAUCACACAUCUCUUUCUCCCUUUUUGGAGAAGCUUUGGAAAUUCAGUUAUGAUCAGAUGGCUAAAUAUGACCUUCCAGCAUCUAUAGAUUUUAUUCUGCAGAAAACUGGGCAGCAACAACUUUAUUAUAUUGGGCACUCCCAAGGAACCACCAUUGCUUUUAUAGCUUUUUCAACCAAUAAACAACUGGCUUCCAAAAUCAAACUCUAUCUGGCUUUAGCUCCUGUUGCUACUGUUAAAAAUGCUAAAACACCUUUAGCCCAACUUGCAAAACUUUCUGACAUAGAAAUUAAGAUCUUAUUUGGAAGAAAAGAGUUUUCACCCAAAACUUAUUUUGGUACUUUGUUUUCUACCAACGUCUGCAGUCAGGAGGCACUGGCAUCUAUUUGUAGCAACUUAUUAUUUGUACUGAAUGGUUAUAAUGAGGAGAACUUGAAUAUGAGCCGAGUUGAUGUAUAUACUUCAUAUGUCCCAGCAGGUACAUCUGUGCAAAAUAUGAUCCAUUGGAAACAGGCCAUUAACAGUGGUAAACUUCAAGCUUAUGAUCAUGGAAGACUUGGAAAUAAAUUUCAUUAUGGACAGGAUUUGCCUCCUGAAUACAAUAUAUCAGCUAUGACUGUACCAACGGCAAUUUGGAAUGGUGGAAAUGACUGGCUUUCUGAUCCUGAUGAUGUUAAUCAAUUAAUCCCCCAAAUUCAAAACCUUAUUUCCCACAAAUUUAUUCCUCAGUGGAACCAUCUGGAUUUUAUAUAUGGUAUUGAUGCACCUGAUAAUUUGUAUUAUGAAAUAAUGGACUUACUCCAGAGGAAUCCUUGAGAAAUGUUUGUCAAUAAAGACACGAAGUUCAUUUGCUGUUAA